AUUUUUUAUCUCCCACUCCGCUUCGUGUUUCAAGAUUUAAAUUCUCACAAAAUAAACGUCAUUGUAAAGUUCAAACUCUAACUUCUAAGUCUUAGGUAAAUACAAUGUAGUAAUUGAUAUGCAAUACUAUUUGUUUUCAAGUACUUGUUACAUUUCUACAUUUUAAUAAAUCUGUUCUAAUCUUGUCUCAGUUCACUAAUGACUGUUUAGUCACUAUAUUCUGAAUUACUGUUCAAUAUUUUUCUUAUAAGGAACAAAGCAAAUAUUUUAAAAUGAGUUUAAGAACGAAUACUAAUGAACAACGGUUAAAAACCGGUGGAGAAGAUCACUUACUUUUGCAAGAAAAUGUAGUAAAAAAUGGCAAUACGUUACUAUCCAUGAAUUCAACCAUGAAUUCUAAAGUUCAACCAACUAAACAUAAUUCAUUUACAAGUGUUGCUUCUGAGCAAGUACCAGUACGUUUAACUCCUGCAUGGGAAGAAACUAAUUUGCCGAACGACGAACUUAAUUUUAAAACAUUCAGCAUGGAUGAUGCAGUAUUAGAGACUGACCCUCCAAAAGACAGAUGGAACAUUGUGUAUUUAAUCUUAGUUCUACAUGGAAUAGGAAUAUUAAUGCCUUGGAACAUGUUUAUAAAUGCUAAAUCUUAUUUUGUGGAAUACAAGUUGGGAGAAGAUUAUCUAGGUAAAGAUCUAUAUUAUGCAUCCAUCUUCAUGGCUUACUUGACUAUCGGAUCACAGCUACCUAGUCUUCUGUUCAAUUGGCUUAACAUAUUUUGUCCAAUAGGCGGAAAAUUGACUACUCGAAUUGUAUGGUCAAUUCUUACUGAAGUACUUUGUUUUGUUUUCACUGUUGCGUUGGUGAUGAUUAAUACCUCUCAAAUACCAGCUUUAUUUUUUUGGUCAACUUUAGGCAGUAUAGUAUUAUUAAAUAUGGCAAAUGGUAUUUACAACAAUUCUGUUUUUGGAAUGGCAGCUAAACUCCCUACAAAAUAUAUUGGUGCUGUUGUUCUUGGUACAAAUUUAAGUGGUACUUUUACAUCUAUCGCUAAUAUAGCAUCAAUUUCAAUAACUCCGGAUGCUCGAACUGCCGCUAUAUAUUAUUUUACCACUGCACUGUUUGUGUUGCUAGCCUGUUUUGAUACAUAUUUUGCCUUGCCGUUAAAUAGAUUUUAUAAAUAUCAUGAACUCAUUUAUCAACGAGAAAUUGAAAAUCAAAAUUCGAAACAAAGCGGAGAAGAUGAAAAAGUUCCUUAUUGGCGUAUUUUUAAACAAGCCAGCCCGCAAUUGUUUAAUGUAUUUUUUGUGUUCUUUGUUACCCUUUCAAUAUUUCCAGCAGUUCAUUCAGAUAUUAAAACAUCAAGUAAAGAUUUUCUUUUUGGAGAAAUAUAUUAUACCAGUGUGAUGUGUUUUUUGACAUUCAAUGUAUGCGCACUUAUUGGAACAUAUUUUUCUACAUUGUUUUCUUGGCCAAAUAAAAAAUGGCUUUUUAUUCCUGUGGUACUGAGAGUUAUUCUUAUUCCAUUAUUUUUGGUUUGUAAUUACCAACCAAUUGGAGUUACAAGACUGAUGCCAGUACUUAUAAACAACGAUUAUGUAUUUUGGGCAUUAGGAGCAAUCCUUGGAUUAUCUAGUGGUUAUUACAGUUCUGUAGCGAUGAUGUAUGCUCCAAGCUGUGUUGAACCAAGAUACAGCGGAAUUGCAGGUAUGUUUGGAGCUGCUAUGCUGCUCACUGGAAUUUGUAGUGGAAUACUUUUUGGAAUGUUAAUGCCAUUUAUUGUAAAACACAUAUCUAUAUAAAAAUAUAUUAAAAUGUUUAAAAACUUUUUUUUUGUGUUUAAUAAUAGACUUAUUUUUUAUGCAUUUUGAAUUUUAACGAAUCAGAUGUUGAUAAUAAAUGUUAAUUUAAUAUAGAUACAGGUGCCGAUGAUAAUAAUAAUCUUAGGGAUGGAGCUAAAUGUACUGCUUGAUAUUAUUUAUUUACCUAUUAUAUACAUUUUAUCAUCUAUAAUAAUCUAAAAUAUUUUAAUAAUAAUGUCAAAUCAAUAUUUCGGGUAGAUAAUUGUCAUGAUUUUUCAGAUAAGCGCCUGUGUAUAGGUGUCACAAAUAUGUUAAUUAAAUAAGAAAUUAGAGAUUUAAUGUGAAGGUAUAUUAAAAUAUGAUAAAUCUCUAAUCUCUUAUUAAUUAUGUUUUUUUGAGACAACCUGUAUUAGUUGCUCAAUUAUUGUACAUUAAGUAAAAUCUAAUUUAAAGUUUGAGCAAGUAAAAUUGCAAUAAUUUUAUUAUAAAUGUAAUUGAAUUUAAUGUAACCUAGUACUAGAAUAUGCAUAAGACUAAAAAAAAAUGUUUGUAUUUAAAAUGAAAUAUUCUUUUAAGUUAUUAGAAUUAAAUCUAACAUUUUUUUUUUAUGAAGUCAUUUUUUGAAUUAAAGUAUUUUGUAAUAAUUGUAUUUUACUAUUAUUUUAAAGCUUCAAUUAUUACAAUUGAAGAAUUUCAGAAUGUAUUUUAAUUUAAAAUACUAUAAAAGAAGUAUUUUAUAUUAGUUAACAUGUUUUUUUUUAUUACAUUUGUAAAUAAAUAAAAUUAUGACCGAAACAAUUACUAUUUAUGUUAGACUACCAUAGAAUUAUAAUAAAGUUGUUCAAUAAUUUAUUCAUAAUGAAUAUUUUUAUAAGUAUUAUAAACAUUAAAAUCUUAAUUACCAUUAAGGUUUUGCAUUUUUUAAUGUCAGUUAGUCUAUUAUGAAUUACAAUAAUAUUUUAUAACUAAUUUACAAAUAAUAACACCAAGUUAUGUAAACUUGAUUUUUAAUAAUAAUAUUAUGUUUUAUGUUUAAAAUAUUAAGUUUAAUUUAUGUACGGUAUUAGAAUUUAGUUUUGCUUAAACCUAUGGAUUGUAAAUGUAACUGAACAUUUAUAACUUAAUAGAUAUAGUGAUUGUGAUUGUCUAACUUAUAAUGAUAAAAAUGAUCCUAUACUUAACAAUAAUUUUAUAUGCAUUUAAUAUAAAAAUAAAAAAAUACUUAAGCCUAUUGUGAUUCAGAUUGUAUUAUAUGAAUAAAACAAUAUAACAUUGCUUAAAUUACUUAAAAUAUAUUUAAGUUUUUAUUUUUUUUUUUUUUUACUUCAAUUUUGAUUUUCUGUAUUUUAUUUUUUAAUUGUUAUUAAGAAUAGGUAACUUUCAAACAUCGAUAACUAUUAUAUUACCUCUAUUAUGUUUGUUUAGAACAUAAAAAAAAAAUAAUUCUUCAAAAUAAUAUGUAGUUUGUAGUAAUUAUUAAUAAAUGUUUUAUUAUUUUUUUUUAU